CAUUUCUACGCUACUCUUCAUUCUCUUUCUUCCUCAAGCCUGUUUGUGUCACAUUUUUCGGAGAUUGUGUUUUUUGGAAAGCUCGUCGUUUCAACGUCAUCGCUUUGCUCCCCUUUUCCCCCGCCCCCACCCUGGUUCACCGUGCACAACUCAUUUGAGUCAUGCCGCCGAUCGGAGUCUUCCCGCGAUCGAGCGUCCAGCAGACAGUGUCCGCGUCCGUAACGGCACCGUUCGCGUGGAUGGCGAGCCACUCGCAAUUCCUCCACUGCUCGGCCACAAGCUCGCACGAGCCCUCCCGGACACACACACACGCCUGGUGGCGCCAGCAUUCGGCGUACAACCAGCCGCUGUCGCAUCCGCGGCCACUCACCUACUACUAUGAGCGAAAGCACGCCGGCGCGCAUGCUGGCGCAGGGUCGGGCCACGCGCACGGCGCCCGUGCCGGCAACAACGCCGCCUCGGCCUCGGCGUCCUCCUUCAACGCGUCGUCCGCCAAGCGCGAGUUUGGCCGGGACGACUUUCACAGGAUGCGACAUUCGCCGUUCUCGCGCAUGGCCUCGGUCGGACCUUCGUUUGUCUCGCCAACGUCAUCGCAGCAGCCGUUCUGGCGCCGGAUGGCUGAACAAUGGCGCGCAGCCCGGCGCAACGCUGCGUCCUGGCGCUCCCGCCGCGGCUCGCGCAGCAAUCUGUCCCCUCCCGCAAAUGUCCGCCAAGAACAGCACUUUCAGUCGCGAGACGCUCCGUUCUUUUCCACUUCCGAGGCCAGCUUCAUUGAGAUUCUUUCCAUGCUUUGCCUGUUGCGUCGCGAUAACGACCGCCUCACCCACGAAUGGUACGGCCUUGUCAUGGACGCGUUCGCCUCGGCCAUGCUGUCCAGCCACCGUGCCGCGCCCAUCGGCGCGCUGCCCAUGUCCCUGACGCCCGCUGGCACGUCCAACUCGACGCCCAACGCUCUCCUCACGACUGACUCGCUGCAUGCGCUCUCGUCGCUCCAUCACGACACGCUGAGCACGGCAUCUCCUGUGCCUCCUGCUGCCCGCCAGUCUGUGCUGCCCUUCCUCGGCGACAAUGCAGCUCCCUCUAUCAUGGCCAGUUCGUUUGUCUCUGCACCCAUGGUGACAAUGGCACCUGCGCCUCCAGCCACUGUCGCUGUCGUUGCCGCGGCUGCUGCUGCCUCGACUGCUGCGGCCGCCGGCGCUGCGUCCUCGGUCAUGACCCCUGCUGCAUCUGCCGGUGCGUCGUCUGGUCCUCUUCUCGUACGUUCGCUCCUCGGCAUGUCCUCCGUCCUGCUCAAAACGGCUCGCAAGGUGACUCCAGCAUCCGUUUCUGCAGCGUCGCGGAUUUCUUCCACCACGCGUCGCGCGUCCGUGUACCCCACUUUGCUGACAAGCAGCCGCAGUUUCCUUGCUUCUACCGCAUCCUCUGCGUCGCUCUUCUUGUCCGGCCCGGUCGCUCGAUUUGCACCCAUUCCCGCGGCGUAUUUCUCCACCCACGCCCGAACGCCCUCCACCGCCACCGCUACAGCAGCCGUGUCCAAGCCGCAGCCGACCUUCGUAGCCUCUAUUUUGGCCGCUGCAGCUCCUCCUGUGCGUUACAUUGCAUCCAUGUCCGUUUCAGCGAGUACUCUCGGCGCUCAUGUUGCAGCGCUUGUUUCUGGAGCUGCGUCCUUCAACUCGACCGCGGCCAAUUCUCCUUCCUCCUCUUCCUCUUCCUCUUCCUCUUCCUCUUCCUCGUCGUCAUCGUCGUCUUCUUCCUCCUCUUCGUCCUCCCAAUCAUCGGAGGGCACUAACUUUACCUUCCAAUCCACAAAUGCCGGCACCGAGUCUCAGCCAACAACGAGCAAGCAGGAGGGUGCACCCAGUGCUGACGAUGGUCCUUCCAUGAAGCGCUCGAAAACCUCGCGCAACUUGGUUGCUGAGGCCGAACAGACUGAUUCUGCACAGCUCGCCGCGGCUCCUACAGAGCAGUCCGACCCGCCGCAGGCCUUCACGAUGGGAACUGGUUCGUCGUCCAUUAUUGGCUAUCAGGGCUCUGUCAAAUCGGCGGGCUCUGCUCCAUCCGCCGCCUCCUUUGAAGUUGGCUAUGCCUGUGCUGGCAAGCGUCGCACGGGUUCGCGCAACGGGCUUGCCGCCAACUCUGCCGCCCGGAAAAUCUGGACUUGCGAUUGCGGUGAAGAUGCCUUCUUUGUACAUGACACUACUGAAAGCACCUUCCUUGGCGUGGCCGACGGUGUUGGCGGCUGGGCCGAGCUGGGUGUCGAUCCUGCCGUUUUCUCGUGGACUCUUAUGAACAACUGCUCGGCGCUUUCCCGCCCCGCAAUGGCUCCUUAUGAGCCCAAGGAGCUGCUUUCCAAGGCCUACGCCAAGCUUAUUCGCGAACAGACGGUGGAAGCAGGAAGCAGCACGGCAUGCUUGGCCAUUUUCAACAAGAAGACUUGGACGCUCCGCACUGCCAAUUUGGGUGACUCGGGCUUCCUCGUCAUUCGUCAGCAGAAGGUGUUUUACCGAAGUGAAGAGCAGCAGCACACGUUCAAUGCACCGUACCAACUGUCGGUGGUUCCCCCGCACAUGCGUGGAGGUUCCAUCCACGAUUUGCCCGAGCUCGCUGAAGCGCAUUCUUUCCAGCUCGAGGCCGGCGAUUGGGUUGUAUUCGGCACCGAUGGUCUUCUCGACAAUCUGUUUGACGAGGAAAUGCUCUCGGUUGUCCAGCGUGUGAGCGCCGAUGGCCCCGUCGCCGUUGCACGGGCCCUGACCGUCAUGGCCACGCACAUGUCGUAUGCGCGCAAAGGCCAAAGUCCGUUUGGCUUCCGAGGCGGAAUGGCAAUUUCUGGCAAACCGGAUGAUGUGACGGUUAUUGUGGCGCACGUCGGCGCUCCAGCGAAAGUGCCCGUUUCCAAGUUGUAAUCCGUUCCCCCCUUUCCCCACCGCGCUCGUGUUAUCAUGUUUUUUUUCCUCCUUAUUAUCACAAAAAUCUUAGGUUAUUUUGCAAAUAUACUUUUCCCCCAAC